AUGUUAGAAAGUUCAUCUGUAAAUAUUAAUUUAAAAUGUGGUUGGCAUGGAAUAUCUAAACAAGGUAUAAAUAAAACAAAUAGUGAUCAAUCAAAAUUAGAAGAAGAAUUAAUUCUUCUAUCAGGACCAUAUGGUGAUGAUGUUGCUUUUGUUAAACAAUCAAAUGAUUAUAUUUUAAUUGGUUUAUCAGAUGGAGUAAGUGGAAAUCGUCAUCAUGGUCUUGAUCCAUAUAAAUUUGCUCAUACAUUAAUAAGUUCAUGUUUGGAAGAAACUGAUCGAAUAAUUGGUUCAUCAUCAAUGCGUGGUCUUGUUCAUCGUGCUAUACGUUGUGUUGAAAAACGUUCAAUAUUUGGUAGUGCAACACUUUGUUUAUUAUCAAUAGAUAAACAUUCUUCAUAUCUUCGUUCACUUAAUAUUGGUGAUAGUGGUUUUAUGUUAAUUAGAGAAAAUAAAUUAAUAAUUCGUUCACAUCCUCAAUAUCAUCGUGGUUCAUCACCUUUUCAAUUAUCAUCUCUUCCAACAACAAAUUCAUUUACAUCAAAUACAACAAGACUUUAUCAUGAUAAACCAAGUGAUGGAGAAUAUAUUGAACAUAAAAUAGAAAUAGGUGAUUUAUUAUUAAUUGCAUCAGAUGGACUUUUUGAUAAUCUUUAUGAAGAUUUUAUUGUUCAAAUAAUAAAUAAUAAUUUAGUAAAUAUUUAUUUUUAA